GAAAAUGUCGCUAAUAUUGCGUAUGUGACGGACUGAAGUCGUUCUCGUCCUUCUUAGUGCCCAUUUCGAAUUUCCGCAUCUUUUUAUCAUUUUUUUAUUAAUAUGUACAUUGAGCGCCCUUAUUGGCCAAGUUUAAUUAUAGCGACCAAAGCGGGAGGGCUCAGCAAGGAUCUUACAAGUAGUUGAUCUGAUUAAUCGGGAUACCCUUUAUUAGUUACUGUUACUUUUUGAAGAUGGGAUAGACUAUUCAAAAUGUUAAGUGGAUGGUCUUCAAGCCUAUUAGAAAUUUUUUGGGACUGAGAAUAUUCGGCGACGUUAAAGUAUCAAAGCCAAAGUCAAGGUUUUUCGAAGUUGACCUUCAAGAACGGAUCAGACACAGGGGAUGCAAUGCAAUGUCAUUACAAAUCAAUUCAUGCCUCGCUCUAUGCACUUGGAGAGGGAAGAUACAGUAUUCUACUCAUUUACUAGAUACAUUUUUCUUCAAAUUUAUACUGUUAGAUAGGGUUAUGACUUUUAAGAUUUAGGUUUAGGAUCUAGGAUUGAAGUCAGGAUUAGGGUUAAAUUUAAAGUUAGGAUUUAUGAUUAUGGUUAGAUUUAGGAGUAGGUUACAGAAUAGUGUCAGAAAUAUCAAUGGAUCUCAAAUUACCACAACCCAUAAGUCAUGCUACAGUCACCUUUAUGAAUGUAUAUGUCGCUCAUGGUAUGAUCUUUUUAUAGACCACCUGUGUGGUGAGUGGGAGACAUUCUUACAAUACAUAAGCCACAUCUGUACAGAGUAUUCUCAAAUUUGCAAUGUUUUUUAGUGUAUUUUUCAACGAUUAUGCGACAAUUCUGCAUCUGAAUUUUGGUUGGUUAUUCAGGGUCACUGGGGUUUUGGCUAUGAUAGUUUAACUUUACCGAGAACGCCAUGAAAACCUCCCGGAAUACUUUAGUGUCUUAAGGGACCCUGGAGGCAUUUCUCUCAAAUUUUCACAUUAGGUUGCAAAAUUAAGUGUAUGUGUAUAAUAGUAGUAUGUUGUUAUGCCUGAUGGUUUGUCGUUCUGCGUAUUUUUCCUGUUUUCUCUUCUAGAUUACCAUACUGCCUGAGUUAAUUGACACCAGUUUUACAAGGUAUUUUAACGACUGCACAUUGCACAAGAGGCAGUCUGUUAGUGGACGGUUCAUUGGUUUUAGUGGUUGGCCUUUCCUUUCUACACCGAAAUUCAAGGAUCAUUAAAGAUAUAUUUACGGGGUCACCACAAGGUGCUCAAACUGAGGCCGAACAAAAUACGUGUGGAGUGUAGAUUCUCUCACAGAGUAUUCAACAACUGGAACUCCUUACCUGAUUUGGUAGUAACAGCUCCAUCGGUUAACGCUUUCAAAGAGAAACUAGAUCUUUGCAGAGAUAUAUAUCGCAAGGAUUAACAUAGGCAAUAAAAGCCUUCUAUCCUUAUAAUCUGAAUCUACUACAGGCCCAACCGACAAACAUAUAUAUCACCUUUCGGUAUUAAAUUCCUUUUGGAUUAUGAAAGUCCCUGAAAAUUGUUCAGCCGAUUGUCGUACUGUUAUUGCUCCUGCAAAUGUUCUUCUUGUUACAAGCAUUUGUACCAUUCUUGGAGGCAUUGUUCUUGUCACGUUAGGCAUUUGCUUCGGACUGACCAAUGGUGGUCAUAGUUCCCAUUUAUCUAUAUCGUAUGUUGGCAUUCCUAUUAUUCUCUCUGGUUGUGUCACCUUAGCAGUAGCUACUGUCAGAAUUAUCCAUACAAAUAAGGGACUCAACAGUAUGAAUCUGACAUUAUACGAAUUUAAAAAACAGUGGAAUCAAGAGGAUUCCAGUUUUGAGUCUACAUCCUUCAACGUUCAAGAAGGUGCUUACAAUUCAUUCUCUUCAUCGGUGUGUACACCUGCGAAUAAAUUCGAUUCUGCUUCAUUGAAUGAUGGUGAUGAAGUAGAAUUUCCGAAACAGUUGACAAAUCAACAGAGAUUGCCAAUGCCGCCAAGACGAGCUGUAUUGAAUUAAGAGGAUUUCAGGUGCUUUUGUAAGCUGAGGUGUCUUCUACCUAUGUAAAUGCUGGGUGUAUUCGUUUGUAAAUAUAUAUACUUUGUGUCUUUCUCCAGAAUCUUUAUUAUUAUUAUUAUUUUUCUAUCUUCU